AUGGAAGCAAGUGGAAAAGUAGCAAUUGAAAGUGAUGCAAAGGUGAUGCACGAGAAGUACUGUGGUCUAAUCGAGCGCCCAUUCAAAACGAACAAGAAGAAGGCGAUAGCUCAGGGCAUGAUAGAUGGGAUCAUAAAUUGUCUGCAGUCGAUGAUGGACGCUUUGGAGUUUCGUUUCUCUUCCUGGAUGAUCACCAAAGAUUAUGUCAAAAAUCCAUUUGAUGCUUGGAGGGCUCAAUUUUGCCUCGAAUUCUCAAGCCACGUAUUUCCC